UAGUUAAUAUAUAUUUUCUCUAUAAAAUAAAUCUAACAAAAUAACUAAUAUUAUUUAAACAAAACAUCUCUAAAUGAUUGUAGAAUUUUUUAUAAUAUUGGUAGAUGGCGCCAUAUUGUAUUUUUUGCUACGUUGCCAAUUCUUCAUGCUAUAAAAUAAUAAUUCUUACAAGUUUUGGCAUUCGUUCGUCGAAAGAGUGAGCGUUUCGUCGACGUUACGUGGUUUAUAUAAAAAACAUUUAAAUAAAUUUAAUAGUAUCCCUAAAGUUACAUAGAUUCAGAAUUAAAGAAAUUAAACAAACUUAACUAACGUACGAUAUAAUUACAAUAUUAUUCCAUGUCAAAAUUCAUUAAAGAUUUAAUUGGGUUUCAAUCUUCAUUUAUAAACUUUAUCACUAUGGCUGAUCGUUUAACACAAUUACAAGAUACGAUAAAUCAGCAAGCAGAACAUUUUUGCAAUAGUGUUGGUAUAUUGCAACAGUAUUCUACACCAAGUAAAUUUCCUGGUUUUGAUCGAAUCGGUACUCCACAACCACAUCAACCGCAAGAAGAUUAUGCAGCACUGUUCGCAACUUUAAUUGCAAGAUGUGCAAAGGAUAUUGAUACAUUAAUAGAAAGUCUUCCAAGUGAAGAAUCGUCACAGGAACUUCAAGUAGCUAGUUUAAGUCGUUUAGAACAAGAAAAUCAGGAAGCUGGUAAGCAACUUGAAGAGGUAGUAAGACAAGGAGAAGCUUUACUUCAACGAAUUCAAGCAGCGUUGCAAGACAUUGCUCAAAGCCAAUUAGAUAUGCAGAAUCCUGCAUCGACUGCAGUACUUAAUAUUAAUUUAAAUCCUACCAUGACCUUUAAACAAGAAAACUUAAGUUCCACAAACUCCGUGCCUUCUAAUAAUGUCCAUCAACUCUCCAGUUCAUCGCCAAGUUCAAUAAAUCAGUAAUAUAACUAA